AGUCUGGCUUACCUUGUUGGCUUCUGUGGGGGUGGUGCUGCUGAUGCCGUUUUGGCUUUGUUCACCUUUGCCACCAUAUAUCUACGCUUCACUUCCCUGCAUCACUCACUUCACGUUCUCUCUCUCUCUCUCAUUGGCAUCUCUCUCUGCAUCGGCCAUGGCGUCCAUCAUCGAAUCUGGUUGGCAGUACUUGAUCACUAAUUUCAGCGACUUUCAACUGGCGUGUUUGGGAAGUUUCUUCCUACAUGAAAGUGUUUUCUUCUUAUCUGGACUUCCUUUUAUUUGGCUUGAGAGGGCAGGAUGGAUGAGCAAGUACAAGAUCCAGGCAAAGAAUAAUAGCUCUGCAGCUCAGGAAAAAUGUAUUGUUCGCCUGUUGAUUUAUCAUUUUGGUGUCAACCUACCUGUUAUGCUUUUAUCAUACCCUGUCUUCAAGCACAUGGGCAUGCGGAGCAGUCUUCCCCUGCCAUCCUGGAAUAUAGUUCUAACUCAAAUAAUCUUUUACUUCAUUUUGGAAGACUUCAUAUUCUACUGGGGACAUAGGAUAUUGCACACAAAAUGGUUAUACAAGCAUGUACACAGUGUACAUCAUGAGUAUGCUACCCCGUUUGGACUUACUUCUGAAUAUGCUCAUCCUGCUGAAAUUCUUUUCCUUGGGUUUGCUACCAUUUUUGGCCCGGCCAUUACUGGGCCCCACUUGAUGACUCUUUGGCUAUGGAUGGUUCUGAGAGUCCUAGAGACAGUUGAAGCACAUAGCGGUUACCAUUUUCCGUGGAGUCCAUCAAACUUCUUUCCAUUAUAUGGGGGAGCUGAUUUCCAUGACUAUCAUCACCGUUUACUGUACACCAAGUCUGGAAAUUACUCGUCAACCUUCACUUACAUGGACCGGAUAUUUGGAACUGAUGUAGGCUAUAGAAAGUUGAAAGCAUUGAAGAACACAGGAGUUGAAGACAUUAGCAAGAAAAGAAACAAUUAGAACAAAUUAUUGGGAAUAUCCAGAAUGAUUGGAAAGUUGAUUUUGAACUUAAGGGCAAAUGUUCGUCCUAUCAUCGCCUUUAUGUGUUCUUGUGUAUUUGGUUGUAGCUAGUCUUAUUGACAAACUGCUGAUGGCUUUUUGUGGACAUUUAUGCCCUGUUAUUAAAAAAAAUUGAGACUUUGUAAGUUUUGUGGUUUCAAUUUUGGGAUAGUUCCCUUACUCA